AUGAACAUUCCUCCACCUCCUCCACCACCAUGUGCUGCGUGUAAGUUUUUAAGGAGAAAAUGCAUGCCAGGGUGUAUAUUCGCGCCAUACUUCCCAAGUGAUCAACCACAGAAGUUCGCAAGCGUGCAUAGGAUUUAUGGAACAGGUAACGUGGCCAAGAUCCUCAAUGGGAUCAACGUGGCUCAUCGCGAGGAGGCUGUGAACUCAUUAGCCUACGAGGCCCAAGCCCGCCUUCGUGACCCGGUCUACGGUGUCAUAGGCUUCAUCUCAAUCCUCCACAACCACCUCAACCAUGCCCGUGCCAGGCUCAACAAUGCCUCUAAUGACUUGGGGGGUCACACUAGCCCUCAUCCUCAGCCUCAGUCUCAGAAAAUAAUAAACCCUCCUCCCAAUGGUGUCCCUCCCAUGCCUAAUCUCGAGGUUAACCCGAACCACCAACAACAACGACAACAACCGCAGCCACAGUUGCGUCCAUUUUGCUUUGAGAAUAUUCCUCGGCCGCAACACCCUCAACAACAAAUGAUCAGCAACAUCACGUUUGAUUAUAUUGGGGAGGGUGGCCCCUUUGGACCCAUGGUGAAUCCCGACAUGAUGGAACAUUACAAUAGUCAGAUGCUAAUGGCUGGCAGUAUCUUCAAUCGUGGUGGUGGUGGUGGCUCUUCCAGUGUCGCUGCUACUGAUGGCGCUUGCGAAAGCAACAAUAAUAACACCAAUUUGAAUGGGCAACUGAUGCAACUAAACCAAAUUGAUGCGCUACAUGACUCAUCUCUUGACCAUCAACUCCAAUCUCAGCUCAUGCUCAAUUCACCAAACAAUAAUGACGAAAAUUGA